UUGCUCACCGGCACAGUACAACGUAGUGCCUUCCAAUCGACACGCGCCUCGCUCUCGGUGUCUCUAACGAUUUACCGCGCUUUUCGAAAUCGUAACAACAGUACAGUGUUUGUGCUGUUUGUUGUUGCUUGUGUUAGUGAUUGUGGAUUUGGAUGUAAGCCGUUGUCAUGGCAACGGUCCAGUGAUUCGAGAUAUGGCGCGCUCUCCCCGCAGGAUCGCCGCGGGCCGAAGCACGAGCAGGUCCAGGGAACUGGGAAGAUUGCGCACGCAGCUUAA